UCGAAACAAUUGGAAGUCGCGAAGUUCAAAGCACUUUCUAAAUUAGGUGGGUUUUAAAAAACAUAUUUAAAGAGUCAAGUGAAGAGAGAAUAGAGUUAUAGAGCUUUGUGAAUUGAGCUACAACAGGAUUACUGACAGGAAUGAAGAGGAAAACAGCACUUGUAGCAUUUUUCCUUCUCGUCAUAUUCGCUCAGCAAAGCGAAGCAGGAAAGAUAAAAAAACUACUUAAAUAUGGUUUAGGUGGGGCUGCUUUGCUUGGUUUAUCUCACGGGGGUGGCCAUCAUGGACUUCAUUUACUUGGAUUAGGAGUUGGACUUGGAUUAGCGAGUCACGGAUUGCUAGGAGGAUUAGAAUCUGGACAUAGUCAUACAACAUUCGUACCUUAUCCGGUUCAUUAUCAUACUACUUCGUACUACUUGCAUGACGGCGGACACGGACACGGAGGUUGGUGGUGACGAACGUUCACAAAAACUAAGAAAAUACUCUACAUGACAAUGUAUAUAAUUCAUGUGAGAAGUUUAUAAGUUUAUAACAGAAGAUAGACAUCAUGAAUGUUAAUUAAUUAAUCAUCAAUUCAUUUAAUAUAUAUUUUGUUUUAAUUCGUGUGUAGUAAUAUAAAUACAGUUAAUUUGGUAACAAAAUGGCUCUAUUUAGUGCCAUCUAUUGUGAAAUUUGAAUUUUAA